UUUUUAUCAACGCUUCCCGUCAGUUCAGUGCCGCCUGCCUGCCCCGCCGAUACCGCAUCCUUUAUGCACAGCACACUGCUCCGAUCCUCCCCGACGAAACACACCGAGCACAAUGGCCCCCUCCAUCUGCCUUCACUGAGGGACAUGGAAGCCAAACAGCACCCGAUAAAAAGCCUGAAGAGCUACCCGGAGACCGGCGGCCGCCUGGCAGCGGUCGCCGUAGGAGGAGGCGGCAGUGGUGGUGGAGGAGGAGGAGGUGGAGGAGACGGCGGGUAUCUGGCCGGUUCGGGCGAAAUGGAGAUGGAGCUGAAGAUCCAGAAAGCCAUCGACUUCAAGGCGGAGGGCCACCGCUGCUACAAGGAGAAGAAAUUCCGGGAGGCGAUAAGCAAGUACCACCGUGCCCUGCUGCAGCUCAAAGGGGUCCACGUCGUGGAUGGGACGACGGGCUCUGAAGUGAGCCUGCUGAGUCAAGCCGCGGCCAAGCUGACCGAGGAGCAGCGGAGAGCCGUGGAGAGCACCGAGAUCGAGUGCUACGACAGCCUGACAGAGCAGGCCAGAAUGACCUCUUUGGGACUGGCCGGCACCAAAGCUUAA